CUAUUACAAAUUCAAUAGAGAGUGCUUUGCGUUAAACGACUUUUCUAAUUAUUUUUGAAAUUCCUCGCCGCAGAAGACAAACAAGAUGGCACAGAGCAAAUUGAACGAUCUUGCCGGCAAGCUGGGCAAAGGUGGUCCGCCGGGACUGGGAAUCGGACUGAAGGUCCUGGCUGCCGUGGGAGCUGCCGCCUAUGGUGUCAGCCAGUCCCUGUACACCGUUGAGGGUGGUCACCGCGCCAUCAUCUUCAGCCGUCUGGGCGGCAUCCAGAGCGACAUUUACUCCGAGGGCCUGCACGUGCGCAUCCCCUGGUUCCAGUACCCCAUCAUCUAUGACAUUCGCUCGCGUCCCCGCAAAAUAUCCUCGCCCACUGGUUCCAAGGAUCUGCAAAUGAUCAACAUCUCGCUGCGUGUGCUGUCGCGUCCCGAUUCACUGAACCUGCCCUAUCUGCACAAGCAGCUGGGCGUGGACUACGACGAGAAGGUGCUGCCCUCCAUUUGCAACGAGGUGCUGAAGAGCGUAAUUGCCAAGUUCAAUGCUUCGCAGCUUAUUACCCAGCGUCAGCAGGUAUCCCUGCUGAUCCGCAAGGAGCUGGUGGAGCGCGCCCGCGACUUCAACAUCAUUCUGGACGAUGUGUCCCUCACCGAGCUGAGCUUUGGCAAGGAAUACACUGCCGCCAUUGAGGCCAAACAAGUGGCCCAGCAGGAGGCCCAGCGUGCUGUCUUCUUUGUGGAGCGCGCCAAGCAGGAGAAGCAGCAGAAGAUUGUGCAGGCUGAGGGAGAAGCCGAGGCUGCCAAAAUGUUAGGUCUGGCCGUGAAGCAGAACCCAGCCUACCUGAAACUGCGCAAGCUGCGUGCCGCUCAAAGCAUUGCCCGCACGAUUGCCAGCUCACAGAACAAGGUCUAUCUGUCGGCGGAUAGCUUGAUGCUCAACAUCCAGGACUCUGGCUUCGAUGACAUGACUGAGAAGGUUUACAAAAUAGCCGAUGACCUGGACUAGGAGGCGAUCCGCAUUCGUUGUUAAUUAAUUUUUAUUGCAAUUCCUUUUGAGCUAGAGCCUAAGUACCGUUUAGUUUUAACCACUCCCAAGCGGCGCAUCGGCUUCAUUUUUUCACGAAUUGUCUGCCAAGUGCAACAUCUUUGUCACCCGGAGGCAGCUUCAUCCCACAUCCGUUCUCUGGGUGCCAAAGAUCGAAACGCGGCACAGCUCUUGGUGGAUCAAUGAUACCAAUGCGGGCAGAUGGUCGCAAACAGCAUUUAACUUUCCAUGCCCCAUCAUCGAGAGUCACGUGAAUCGGAAACUGAAAAUAAAUGCGUACUGAGAACUGUCUGA